AGAACGAAGCAAAAAAAUGGUGACAUCCCCAGUGAUGUCACUAACCAAUCCCCUCUCUCUUAGUCAUAAUAUCACAGUCAAAUUAUCUCACCAACCACCCAAAAUCCAAACCCCCUGAGCUCCCUCCAAUAUCUCGCCAAAUAAUAGCAGCCACACAAUUUAUAAAACGUUAUACUUGGAGAUCACACUACUUCGUUCUUGUCGAUUCAAUCUCUUACUUCCAGUUCAACAACUAACCUAUAGGGGAAUGGCAGCUCAUCUCGAGCAGCAACAAUCAUCGCGGCAAAAGCAGAAGCACAAGCAUUUUUUAGUGGUGACGUUCCCCUUCCAAGGCCACAUCAACCCGGCGCUCAACCUCGCCAAGCGCCUCGCCCUUGCCGCUGCCCCCUCCGCCUCCGUCACCUUCUCCACGACCACCGCCGCCCACCGCCGCAUGUUCCCCUCGGCCUCCUCCCGAUCCGACGACGACGACAUCCUCCACGACGACGGCCUCCUCACCUACGCCCCCUUCUCCGACGGCCACGACCACGGAUGGAAUGGUGGACUAUCUGAAUUCAACCGCUACAUGUCCGAAUUCGAACGGCACGGUUCCCGCCACCUCUCUGACCUCGUCGGUAAUUUCGCGGCGCGGGGCCGCCCGGUCUCCUGCAUCAUCUACACCAUUAUCCUACCGUGGGUCGCCGAUGUGGCGCGCCGGCACGGGAUCCCCUCCACCCUCUACUGGAUCCAACCCGCCUCCGUCUUCGCCGUAUACUACCACUACUUCCACGGCUACGACGGCGUAAUCUCUGCGCACCACCGCGACCCGUCCUCCGUGGUGAAUUUACCGGGGCUUCCGCCGCACGACAUGCGCGACCUCCCCUCAUUCCUCGUCGACUCCAUCGAGGAAACCUCCGCGUUCUACUCCGUGUACCGGGCGCUCCGCGACCUCUUCGCCGUGUUAGAUAAGGAGAAGGAGAUCGGCGGCGCGAGGCCCACCGUAUUGGUUAACACGUUCGAAGAGCUGGAGCCGCGAGAGCUCGCGUCGAUAAACGAGCACUUGGACGCAGUCCCCAUAGGCCCGGUGCUUAAACCCUCGCUGUUUAGCGAUAACGUCGAUGUCGAAGCGGAAGCGGGGGGCGACCUGUUCGAGCGGGACGACGAGCAGCGGUACGUGGAGUGGCUCGACGCGAGGCCGGAGAGGUCGGUGGUGUACGUGUCGUUCGGGAGCCUGUCGACGGCCACGAAGGAGCAGCUGGAGGAGCUGCUGCAGGGGCUGGAGGGGUGCGGGCGGCCGUACAUCUGGGUGGUGCGGCGGGACAACCGAGGCGAAGGGCCGGCGGGGCUGCAGGACAGGGCGGAGAAGGGGGUGGUGGUGGGGUGGUGCGACCAGCUGAAGGUGCUGUCGCACCGCGCGGUCGGGUGCUUCGUGACGCACUGCGGGUGGAACAGCGUGCUGGAGAGCGUGGCGUGCGGCGUGCCGAUGGUCGCGGCGCCGCGGAUGUCGGACCAGGGGAUGAACGCGCGCUUGGCGGCCGCCGCGUGGGGGACGGCGGUGCGGGCGCGGCUCAGCGCCGAGGGGGNUGGAGUUAAUUACCAGCACGCUGCAAUCUGCUGCUUCCCCAGAUCAAUGGAGGACGGCGUUACCGAACGCGGCGACUCAGAAGGGCGUUUCAAGCCGCACUUCCUGAUCGUGAUGUACCCGGUGCAGGGCCACAUUAACCCGGCGCGCCGCCUCGCCCGCCGCCUCAUCCACGUCGGCGGGGCGGCGCACGUCACGCUCUCGACAUCUGUGUCCGGCCACCGCCGCAUGUUCCCCUGCUCCUCCUCCGACGACGACGAAGAAGUAACCGACGGCCCGAUCUCCUUCAUCCCCUUCUCCGACGGCAACGACGAGGGCACCGACCCGGGCGCCCCCGACGCCCGCCGCCGCUUCGCCCGGACCCGGUCCGUCGGGUCCCAGACCCUUUCGUCCAUCCUCGACCGCCUCGCGGCGCGCGGCCGCCGCGUGACCUGCGUGCUCUACACCAUCCUCCUCCACUGGGCCGCCGACGUGGCGCGCCAGCGCGGCAUCCCCUCCGCGCUCUGCUGGAUCCAACCCGCGACCGUGCUCGCGGCGCUGCACCGCUUCUUCCACGGCCACGAGGGUCUCGUCGCCGCCCACGCGCGCGACCCCAUGCACGCGGUGAGCUUCCCGGGCCUACCCCCGCUCCGGAUCCGCGACCUCCCCUCCUUCCUCACCUCCGAAGACGACGACACCCAAGCCGCGCUCCUCGAGUCCUUCAGGGAGGUCUUCGAGACCCUCGACAGAGAGGGUCCGAGGCCCAGGGUGUUGGUGAACACGUGCGAGGCGUCGGAGGGCGACGCGCUCGGAGCUUUGGAGGCGGAGCUGGAGCUGUACGCGGUAGGGCCCUUGGUGCCGGCGCUGCUCCCCGCGCAGGAGGUCAAGGACGCGCGGUCGGAGGCCGAUCUGUUCGCGCCCGACGAGAAGGGGUACAUGGAGUGGCUGGACGCGCAGGAGGCGAGGUCGGUGGUGUACGUGUCGUUCGGGAGCCUGGUGGUGAUGAAGAAGAAGCAGGCGGAGGAGAUGCUGAUGGGUCUGAGGGAGAGCGGCAGGCCGUACCUGUGGGUGGUGAGGAGGGAUAGUAGAGGCUCCACGGAUCAGGAGGAGUGCCCUGGCACGGAAGAAGAGGAAGACGAAGAAGCAGGGGGAGCGGGGAUGGUGGUGGAGUGGUGCGACCAGCUGGAGGUGCUGGCGCACCGGGCGGUGGGGUGCUUCGUGACGCACUGCGGGUGGAACAGCGUGCUGGAGAGCCUGGCGUGCGGCGUGCCGAUGGUGGCGGCGCCGCGGAUGUCGGACCAGGGGAUGAACGCGCGCUUGGCGGCCGCCGCGUGGGGGACGGCGGUGCGGGCGCGGCUCAGCGCCGAGGGGGUGCUGGAGAGGGACGAGCUGAGGCGCUGUUUGGAGACGGUGCUGGGGGAGGGGGACGGCGCCGCGGAGAUGCGGCGGAGGGCGGAGACCUGGAGGGAGAAGGCCAUGCAGGCCCUGAGCAAAGGAGGGUCGUCGGAUCGCAAUCUGACGGCGUACGUGGAGAGUAUCAUCCAUUUACCUAAUACUCUAAAUAAAUAAUUAAGGUUUCAAUUUUAUAUAAUAUAUAUAAUAUAUAUAUAUACCACUCGUCCAAGUUGGUGGCUACUAUUUCUCUUCUAGUCUUGUUAAUUUUCUCUAAUUUUUUAUUUUUUAAAAUAAUUAUGUACUUUAGAAUUAGCGGAUCGAGUGCGAAAUUUACUCUUACUAGCUAGUAGGUGGUGUACACACACGAGUUAUUUUACUACUAUGAUGAAUAAUUACUGUUAGUAUUAUUUUAGUUUUGUAAUUUGGGAAGAGCAUAUAGUACAUGUGCAUUGUUGACGAUUA